UAAAAAAAAAGAGCGUGUAAGCUUUUGCGCGUGUCGGAGGUGUCGGAAAAGGGUUAUGUUUACAACAAUUUCCCGUGCGAAGUUUUCUAAUCCGUAAAUAUCAAACAAUUUACCUCAGAAAUCUUAAGCAAUGGAUGAUGAUGCGGAAACAUACAAACUUUGGAGGAUUCGUAAAACAGUAAUGCAAUUAAGUCACGACAGAGGCUAUCUAGUGACGCAAGAUGAAUUGGACCAAACACUCGAACAGUUUAAAGAGCAGUUCGGCGAUAAACCUAGUGAAAAGCGCCCAGCACGGUCGGAUCUUAUUGUAUUAGUCGCUCAUAACGAUGACCCGACGGAUCAGAUGUUCGUCUUUUUCCCAGACGAACCGAAGAUCGGAAUUAAAACUAUCAAAACAUAUUGCACCCGUAUGCAGGAGGAAAAUAUACACCGGGCUAUUGUGGUAGUUCAAGCCGGAAUGACACCUUCGGCCAAGCAAUCCCUGGUUGAUAUGGCACCGAAAUACAUCUUGGAACAAUUCUUGGAGUCAGAACUGCUUAUCAAUAUUACAGAACACGAACUGGUCCCGGAACAUGUGGUAAUGACGCCAGAGGAAAAACAAGAACUUUUGGCUCGAUAUAAGCUUAAAGAGAAUAUGUUGAUGCGAAUUCAAGCUGGUGAUCCCGUAUCCAGAUAUUUUGGACUAAAAAGAGGUCAGGUGGUUAAGAUUAUAAGACCUUCGGAAACAGCUGGACGAUACAUUUCAUAUAGAUUGGUGUGUUAAAAACUAAGAUUUAAUAAACAAUCAGA